GAGGUUCUUGCUCGGGAGAUGGGAGUCCUUCUAGGUCCUCGCCUUACCCAGCGUACCCCUAUCUGCUCCACCUUCUACCAGACACCCUCCGAGAGUCCCCCACCCCAGGGCGUGUCACUUCCUCCUCUGUAGCCUCUAGAUCUGUGCACAAAGGCUGCUGCUACCGCCACCACCAGAGGAAGGGCUGUUCCUAAGCACCUGCCAUGCUGGAUUCUUCAGCCGUUAUCAUUUUUCUGCUGGUUCUGGGCGGAGGUGAGAGUGAGGUCGACACCAAGAUCACAGCCUCCGGGGAGGCCACACCAUGGGAGGAUCCGGACUUGCCUGUGCCAGGGUCCUGCCAGCCAGCUCCUUCCUGCCAGGAGUGCAUCCUCUCACAUGCCAGCUGUGCAUGGUGCAAGCAACUGAACUUCACGGCCUCCGGGGAGGCAGAGGCGAGGCGCUGCGCGCGGCGGGAGGAGCUCCUGGCCCGCGGGUGCCCCGCGCAGGAGCUGGUGGAGCCGCGCGGCCGCCAGGAGGUGCUGCUGGACAGGCCACUCAGCCAGGGCGACCGCGGCGAGGGGGCCACGCAGCUGGCCCCGCAGCGGAUCCGAGUCACGCUGCGGCCAGGGGAGCCCCAGAAAUUCCGGAUCCGUUUCCUCCGAGCUGCGGGGUACCCGGUGGACCUGUACUACCUCAUGGACCUCAGCUAUUCAAUGAAGGACGACCUGGAGCGCGUGCGCCAGCUCGGGCACGCCCUGCUGGUGCGGCUGCAAGAGGUCACUCACUCAGUGCGCAUAGGUUUUGGCUCCUUCGUGGACAAAACGGUUUUGCCGUUUGUAAGCACAGUGCCCUCCAAGCUCCAGCACCCGUGCCCCAGCCGGCUGGAGCGCUGCCAGGCACCCUUCAGCUUUCACCACGUGCUGUCCCUCACUGGGGAUGCCCAAGCCUUCGAGAGAGAGGUGGGGCGCCAGAAUGUCUCCGGCAACCUGGAUUCACCUGAGGGCGGCUUUGAUGCCAUUUUGCAGGCUGCCCUCUGCCAGGAGCAGAUUGGCUGGAGAAAUGUGUCCCGACUCCUGGUGUUCACGUCAGAUGACACAUUUCACACAGCGGGGGAUGGGAAACUGGGUGGCAUUUUCAUGCCCAGUGAUGGGCAGUGCCAUUUGGACAGCAACGGCGUCUACAGCAACAGCGCAGAGUUUGACUACCCCUCUGUGGGCCAAGUAGCCCAGGCCCUCACUGCUGCGAACAUCCAACCCAUUUUUGCUGUGACCGGUGCAAUUCUGCCUGUCUAUCAGGAGCUGAGCCAGCUGAUCCCCAAGUCUGCUGUUGGGGAGCUGAGCGAGGACUCCAGCAACGUGGUGCAGCUUAUCAUGGACGCUUAUGAUAGUCUGUCAUCCAGGGUGACUCUUGAGCACUCUUCGCUCCCUCCAGGAGUCAACAUCUCCUUUGAAUCUCACUGUGGGGGCCCUGAGAAGAGGGAGGGUGAGGCUGGGGACCGGGGACAGUGCAACCAUGUCAGAGUCAACCAGACGGUGGACUUCUGGGUUACUCUUCAAGUCAGUCGCUGCCUCCCGGAGCCCCACCUCCUACGGCUCUGGGCCCUUGGUUUCUCUGAGGAGUUAACUGUGGAGUUGCACACACUGUGUGACUGUAACUGUGGUGACACCCAGCCUCGGGCUCCCUACUGCAGUGGUGGCCAGGGCGACCUUCAAUGCGGCAUAUGCAGCUGUGCCCCUGGCCGCCUUGGUCAGCUGUGUGAGUGCUCUGAAGCGGAACUGUCCUCCCCAGAUCUGGAGUCCGGCUGCCGGGCCCCUAAUGGGACAGGGCCCCUCUGUAGCGGGAAGGGACGAUGCCAGUGUGGACGUUGCAGCUGCAGUGGACAGAGCUCUGGGCGUCUGUGCGAGUGUGAUGAUGCCAGCUGUGAGCGCCACGAAGGCAUCCUCUGUGGAGGCUUCGGCCACUGCCGGUGUGGGGUGUGUCACUGUCAUGCCAACCGCACGGGCAGGGCGUGCGAGUGCAGCGAGGACGUGGAGAGCUGUGAGGCUCCCAGAGGAGGCCUCUGCAGUGGCCAUGGUUCCUGCAGAUGCAACCGCUGCCACUGCCUGGAUGGGUACUACGGGGCUCUGUGCGACCAGUGCCUAGGCUGCAGGUCACCCUGUGAGCAGUACAGGGAUUGUGCAGAGUGUGGGGCGUUUGGCACAGGCCCCCUGGCAGCCAACUGCAGCAUGGCCUGUGCUGGCGUGAACGUGACUUUGGCCUUGGUCUCUGAUCUGGACGGCGGCUGGUGCAAAGAGAAGACGCUAGACAACCAGCUGUUCUUCUUCCUGGUGGAGAACGUGGCUAGAGGAGUCAUGCUGAAAGUGAGACCCCAAGAGAAGGGAGCAGAUCACACCCGCGCCAUCGUGCUGGGCUGCGUAGGCGGCAUUGUGGCAGUGGGGCUGGGGCUGGUUCUGGCUUACCGGCUCUCCGUGGAGAUCCUCGAUCGCAGAGAGUACAGCCGCUUUGAGAAGGAGAGGCAGCAACUCAAUUGGAAGCAGGACAGCAAUCCUCUCUACAAAAGUGCAGUCACAACCACUGUCAACCCCCGCUUCCAAGGCCCAUCUCUCUGACCCAAGAAGCAGACUCACUUAGGACUCUGGUCUUGGAGGACAAUGGUGACAGCAGAGCAGGGUCUGUCAGAUGCCACUGCCGAGUGAGUGGUCAUCAGUUUUUUCAGUGGCCUUCAGAGGGCUGCUGUCCACUGCUGCAACUGUCCCAACCUCAUGAAGGGCUCUCCCACAAUAAAGUCUUGCUUUAGACUAUGGCCUCUACUUU